AUGUGCACCUGGCUCACAAUCACCUACGCCUGCGCCCACACCCAGCGCAUCCGCAAGUCCACCCACAGCACCUGCGAGAUCCACCACCACGAGUACGUUGACUCCGCCCAUCUACGCGACCCCGGCCAUUGUGCCACUUGCGCUACCGCAAAGCCUUCCUGCUGGAAGUCGAGCCUGGGCAGGAUGCAGGCGCCGAUCAUGGCCAAGAAGAAGGAGGAAAGAAGGCCUGUCACUAGUGUCAAGGAGGAGGAAAGGCUUCUCACGCUUAAGGAGGGGGAGAGCCAAGUCCAGAACGCACAUGAUGGAGAGAUGUGA